CUGCAGUGGUAGCAUAUACAACUCUAACCUACUUUGUGCAUGAUUUUGAACAUUUCAUUGUGUUUUUAGGCAUCUUUUAAAAUGUGAAGAAGAUUCUUUUGACUACAAAGAUGAACAGUCUACUUUUUCUGGUGCUGAUUUCUGUCUGCUGGGCUGAACCUCACUCUGACAACUCAACUCUGGAUCAUGAAAGAAUUAUUCACAUUCAAGAAAAUGGACCCCGUCUACUUGUGGUAGCAGAGCAAGCUAAAAUCUUCUCACACCGGGGUGGCAAUGUCACACUGCCAUGUAAAUUUUACCAUGAACACACGUCAACAGCUGGCUCAGGAACCCACAAAAUCCGUGUCAAGUGGACCAAACUCACCUCAGAUUACCUCAAAGAAGUGGACGUCUUUGUUGCAAUGGGACACCACAGAAAGAGCUAUGGAAACUACCAGGGCAGAGUGUCUCUGAGAGGAAGCAGUGAGAAUGAUGCCUCUCUUAUAAUCACAAACAUAAUACUGGAGGAUUAUGGGAGAUACAAGUGUGAGGUGAUUGAAGGAUUAGAGGAUGACACAGCAGUGGUAGCUCUGAAUUUGGAAGGUGUGGUAUUCCCUUACUCUCCACAUCUGGGUCGUUACAACUUGAAUUUCCAUGAGGCUCAGCGAGCGUGCCUGGACCAAGACUCUGUUAUCGCCUCCUUUGACCAGCUCUAUGAUGCCUGGAGGUCAGGGCUGGAUUGGUGCAAUGCCGGCUGGCUCAGCGACGGCUCCGUGCAGUACCCCAUCACCAAGCCCAGGGAGCCCUGCGGAGGGAAGAACACAGUGCCUGGGGUCAGGAAUUAUGGCUUCUGGGAUAAAGAGAGAAGCCGAUAUGAUGUUUUCUGCUUUACUUCAAACUUCAAUGGUCGUUUUUACUACCUAAUUCACCCAACCAAGCUGACCUACGACGAAGCCGUUCAGGCGUGCUUGAAGGAUGGAGCUCAGAUUGCUAAAGUUGGCCAGAUAUUUGCUGCCUGGAAGCUCCUGGGGUACGACCGCUGUGAUGCCGGCUGGCUGGCUGACGGCAGUGUCCGCUACCCCAUCUCCAGGCCAAGGAAACGCUGCAGUCCUAAUGAAGCAGCAGUUCGCUUUGUAGGCUUCCCUGAUAAAAAGCACAAGCUGUAUGGUGUCUACUGUUUCAGAGCAUACAACUGAAAAUACCUAGAGCACGAAAGUUUAAAAUUCAUUAAGAACAUGUGAAAGAUUUCUUUUUGAUAUGAACUCAUGCAAGUUACCAAAACUGUGAUAAACCUUUUUUGAUUACUGUAAAGUCAUUUUCAUAAACCCAACCCAUUAAUUUGUUCUUUUUCUUUGUUUUAGUAUUUUUGUAAAAUUAUCAUUCCAUAGAUAUUUUAAAUUAAUAUAAUUUAAUUGAAGCUCUAGGUAAGGAAGUUUUAGAGCCAAAUUCUUUAAGCUACAUCAUCCCAUCACAAUAUACUUUUCAUGAAUGGGGCAUGCAAUAGAGCUUGACGAUUGCUAGGGCACAAUUAAUGGAACGUAAGGCUACUCAAAGCAGAAGCUUUUAAAAGCACAGAUUUUACAUGUUUGUACCAGUUUGAGAAACUCUGCAAAUUGAUUAUAUCAGGAAAUAUAAUGUUUUGAAAUAAGAUAAUAUUUUUGUUAAAGGGGAUCAGUGAGGUUUUGCAAAGAAAACCUCACAGCAGUGUAGGAUAGAAAAUGACUGUUUUCACUGGUUUCACAUGAGAACAACACAGAGCUUAAUAAAAGCAGCUAAAAAAGUCCAUAAAAAUAGGAUUACUUUACAAUUUAAAAUCAUGCCUUUCUGAAAAAAUAAACUCCUGGUCCCAUGCAUAGGAACAAGCACAACUAGUUCUCCUGAACGUUUCAAUUGUGUUUUUGUUGUGAAUAAACCAUUGACAAAGGAAUUAAUAAUUAACUAAUGAGGAAACCCUGUUUUCUUCUUAAUGCCAAUUAGAGAUGCCUGAGAAGUGUUGUAUUACCUUUGAGUAGCUUUACUGAGUUAUUUUUAAACUCUUAAAGGCCAUUUGCUAAGCAGCAUAUAGCAUCUACUCAGGGCAGUUGUAUAAAUGAACUGCUGGACAGAGAAAUUGUAAACUUUAGCAGCUUGAUUUUACAUUAGCCUUUGAAAUGUUAUUGUCUUAACAAAAGCACAUUACAAGAUUUAAUAUUUCUUACCUAUUUACACAUCUACAAGAAAUAAAAAACCCAAGAAAGUUAUGAAGUCUUAGAUCAUGAUUAUUAACUAAAAUCUGAAACCAGCUACUAAGGUUUAGAAGAGGGGGGGGAAAAAAAGCAACAAACGGUCAACACUACUUCCUUACACCUUAUUUGUAUCUAAAAGGUACAUCUCUUUUGUAAGCUAACAAAAAAAUAUAAUAUCAAUAGCCCUGAAUUAUUUAGAUAACACUCCUGAGAGUUACUGGGGAAAAA